AUGCAAGUCACCUCGCUCCUCCGAUUCUCCGGCGUCUGCCCAUUCUUGGGCCACUCCAGCCCCGCCACCCUUCGGGCCAUGGCCAACACCACUCACACCAACGGCUCGGCUCUCACCCAGUCUGCCUUGGGCUGCCCCAUGAUGGGCCCCAAGCUUGCCACCAUCUCCGCCUCUAGGAGCUACGCCAGCGUUGCCGGUGCCAAAGAGGUCGCGCAGAUGCACCAGAGCCAGAAGCCUGCUUCCGAACAGCCAGCUGCGGCCGAGCCUGCUCAAAGCUCCUCAACCAAGGCUGUUCACGCCAAGUCUGUUGAUGCCCGACGAAACGCUGCCAAAGCUGGGGCCUACGACUACCAACGUUUCUACGAAAACGAGUUGGAGAAGAAACACAAGGACAAAUCAUACCGAUACUUUAACAAUAUCAACCGGCUUGCUGCCAAGUUCCCUGUGGCGCAUACCGCCAGUGUCAAGGACGAGGUGGACGUCUGGUGUGCCAAUGAUUACUUGGGCAUGAGCAAGAAUCCCGUGGUAGUGGGCACGAUGAAACGGACUCUCGACCGCUACGGUGCUGGUGCUGGUGGUACCCGUAACAUUGCGGGUAACGGAGCCCUCCAUCUUGCGCUUGAAGACGAGAUCGCCUCGCUUCAUCGAAAAUCAGCGGCACUCGUCUUUUCAUCCUGCUACGUCGCAAACGACGCUUGUCUUGCCACUCUCGGCUCCAAGCUCCCUGGCUGUGUCAUCUUCUCCGAUGCAAGCAACCACGCAUCCAUGAUUGUGGGUAUUCGGCACUCGAACGCCAAAAAGGUCAUCUUCAAGCACAAUGACCUUGCCGAUCUCGAGGCCAAACUCGCGACCGUACCCAAGGAGGUGCCCAAGAUUAUCGCAUUCGAGAGUGUCUACUCCAUGUGCGGUAGCGUCGCUCCCAUCGAAGCCAUCUGUGACCUCGCCGACAAGUAUGGCGCCAUCACUUUCCUCGAUGAAGUGCACGCUGUCGGCAUGUACGGUCCCAGCGGUGCCGGUGUCGCCGAGCACCUCGACUAUGAAGCCCACCGCGCCACGACCGACUCUCCCGAGCCUGUCAAGGGUAGCGUGAUGGACCGUAUCGACAUUAUCACCGGUACCCUCGGCAAGGCCUACGGUGUCGUCGGUGGAUACAUUGCGGGUUCUUCCGACCUCGUCGAUGUCGUCCGCUCCUACGCGCCCGGCUUCAUCUUUACCACCUCCCUCCCCCCUGCCAUCGUCGCCGGAGCUCAGGCUUCUAUCGCUUACCAGCGAGAGUCUAUCGCCGACAGGCGAUUGCAGCACCUCAACACGCGAGAGGUCAAGCGUCAAUUCAAGGACCUCGACAUUCCCGUCGUGCCCAACCCGUCGCACAUCAUCCCCGUUCUCGUGGGUGAUGCCGCCCUCGCCAAGGAAGCGUCCGACACGCUCUUGGCCAAGCACAAGAUCUACGUCCAGUCGAUCAACUAUCCCACCGUCCCCGUGGGCGAGGAACGACUCCGUAUUACUCCCACUCCCGGUCACACUACCGAACAGAUUGCGCACCUCGUCUCGUCUGUCAACUCUGUCUUUGAAAAGCUCGGCUUGAAGCGCAUCGCAGACUGGAAGGCUGCUGGUGGCAGGGCCGGUGUUGGGAUGGCGGAGGAUUUGACGCCCGAGCCUGUCUGGAACAACAAGCAGUUGGGCCUCGAUGAUGGGUCUGCCCCGCAAAUGUUGAGCAAGGGCGCCAAGGGCGCGGUCAAGGACAAGGCUGUGGAGGUUGCGCAAAAGAGGUUGACUCAUUUGCUCGGCCCCGAGGCUGGCCCUGCUUUGAGCGCUUCUGCUUCCGCUUCCUUUUAG